AUGGUUAUUUCUGUCUUUUCCAUAGAGUCCGGAGCCAUGAAUGUAUCAGGAGGAAACAGAGUGACUGAGUUCAUCCUCCUGAGUUUUCCUUGCCCCAGGGAAAUACAAAUCCUCCUUUUUGGGGUGUUCUCUCUGACCUAUGUCUUGACCCUCAUGGGGAAUGGGUCAAUCAUCUGUGCAGUGAGGUUGGAUCAACACCUUCACGUCCCCAUGUACAUCCUGCUGGCCAACUUCUCUUUCUUGGAAAUCUGCUACAUUAACACCACUGUUCCUAACAUGUUAGCCAACUUCCUCUCUAAGACCAAGAGCAUUUCUUUUGCUGCCUGUUUUCUCCAGUUCUACUUUUUCUUUUCCACAGGUGCCACAGAAACUUUCUUUCUAUCCCUCAUGGCUUUUGACAGGUACCUAGCCAUCUGUCAACCUUUGCACUACCCCACAAUCAUGACAGGACAUUUUUGCAUCAAGCUAAUAUUCCUCUGCUGGGUGAGUGGUUUCCUCUACUUUCCAGUCCCUAUUUGCUUCAUGACUCAAUUACCUUUCUGUGGUCCAAAUAUUAUUAAUCACUUUCUCUGUGACCCGGGACCCCUGUUGGCUCUGUCUUGUGCUCCUACCCCAGGGAUUGAACUUUCUUAUGCUAUCCUAAAUUGUCUCCUCAUCUUUGUAACCUUCCCUUUUAUCCUUGGAUCCUACACAUUAGUAUUCAGAGCUGUCUUGAAAAUUCCUUCAGCAACUGGAAGGAAGAAGGCCUUCUCCACUUGUGGCUCCCAUCUGAUUGUGGUCUCCCUGUUCUAUGGGACCCUCAUGGUCAUGUACAUCAGCCCCAACUCUGAAAAUACCACUGGUUCACAGAAAAUUUUCACUUUAUUUUACUCAGUAGUGACUCCACUGGUGAAUCCCCUGAUCUACAGCCUGCGUAACAAGGAAAUGAAGACUGCUCUAAGAAAAUUCCAGAUGAGAAUAAAAACCAUCCAUGGAAGAUGA